AAAAAUAUACUAAUGCAGCCAUCACCUGCGUCAAAUCCUGAUCUUGAAGCGAGGCAAGCAGCACAGUUUGGAGAUGUUAAUAAGUUGUUGAGUUUAUUGGACACUUGUUCUGUCUCCCCAAAUUCGGUAGAUCAAGAUGACUGUUCACUUCUCCAUUGGGCUGCUAUAAAUAACAGAAUAGAGGCUGCAAAACUUUUAUUACAACGAGGUGCUAAUGUAAAUGCCGUUGGGGGUGUUUUAGCCUCAACACCUUUACAUUGGGCAGCUAGGCAUGGACACGCUAGAAUGGUUGCAGUUUUGGUAAGGAAUGGUGCCGAUUGGUCUAUUCGCGAUGUUGAAGGUUUUACUGCUUUACAUGUAGCUGUCCAAUUUGGUUGUAUUCCUGUUGCUGCUUACCUUAUAGCAAUGGGACAGUCUCCUGAUGAAUUGGAUACAACAAGAAUGACACCAUCUAUAUGGGCAGCUUAUAAAGCUUGUAGUAAAGAUUCUUUAAGAAUGCUUGCAAAAUUGGGGGCUGAUUUGGAAAAAACUGAUUCUACUUAUAGAAAUUCACCUCUCCAUUGGGCUGUUGCUCAAGGCAAUCACAUGGCAGUUAGUACACUCAUUAAAUUAAAUGUCAAUUUAUCUCAAUUAAACAAGGAAAAUGAAACUCCAUUGGACAUUGCAAGGAGGAGGGGCGACCUCCUUUCUGUUCGUCUAAUUGAAAUGGCAGCUCGUGAACAAGGCUUAAUUCCUUCAAAGUGCAGACAAAAAUUGCGUGAUAAUAUGGCUAGUUUUUAA